GAGAGAAGCAGAACUUCAAAAUUGAAAGAGAGAGGUCGAAAUCCCAAAAUGCAAGAGACAAAAGACGCGAGCAGCAAGCCCAAAAACCCUAAGAAGGCCAACCUCUCAGAUCACAGUUCCAUCAAGCACCUCCUCGACGAGUCCGUCUCCGAGAUUGUUACGAGUCGGGGAUAUGUGGAGGAUACCAAGUUAAGUAACUUGAAGUUGUUGAUUGGAACCAUUGUGAUAACCAUUGCUCUAUUUGCUCAGUUCUACAAGAAGAAAUUUCCUGAAAACCAGUACUUCCUGAUUGGAUGCAUUGUAUCGUAUAUUGUCAUCAAUGGGGUGCUACAGCUGAUCUCCUACAUGAAGGAGAAAAAUGCAAUAUUGUUCACUCAUCCUCCCGUGGGAUCCUUUAGUACUGGGUUGGUGGUGUCUUCCAAAUUACCAAGAUUUUCUGACUUGUACACUCUUACAAUAGCAAGUGCAGAUCCAAAAUCAAUUUCUGCAAAUAAACCGGUGGAAUUCACAAAUAGUGUUACUAAGUGGUUUACCAAGGAUGGAGUUUUGGUGGAAGGCUUGCUGUGGAAGGAAGUAGAUGGACUAAUAAAUGAUUAUGCAAGAGAACCAAAGAAGAGCAAGUGAAAUGAAUUCCGGUUUUGGGGGAACUCCCGUAUGAUUCAAUUCGCAUACACAACGAACUGUUGUUGUAUGUGUUGUCUUUUAGAAUGAACCUUUGGAAGUGUUGUCAUUCAGCAUAAUAUGUAGUCUAAGUUACCAUACAGGCCAAUUUACAAUGAACAUCACUCAUCAGGGUCCUAAGCAUAUUUAGUAUUUAGUUAUUUCAACUUGAUCUA